AUGGCGCUGCAUUUCGAAUCGUGCCUUGUCCCUCUCAAACCUCAAAUUAUUGCCACAAAAGCACAGCUUUCUCAAAGCUUUAAUCCUGGCAAACUUGAUUCUCUUCUUACUGUUAACAAAUGGAACAUUGCACAGGAUGAAAGGUCUAGAGCGUUAUUGAUGAAAACAGGAGACCUGUGCAUUAAUCACUCAGAGAAACUGGAAGUGGUGAAGCAUGAAUUAAGGAAUGUGGGUGAAAAUUCAUGCAAAGGUUUGUACAUGGUUGAUGCUCUGCAGCGCCUAAAUAUUGAUUACCACUUUCAAGACGAAAUUCAAGCAUUCCUACUAAGGCAAUAUUUAAAUUCUAAUGUUCUUGCCGGCGGCACUGGUCAUAAUGAUAUUCAUGAGAUUGCACUUCGCUUCAGGCUACUGAGACAACAAGGUCACUUUGUGUCCCCAGAGGUGUUUGACAAGUUCACAAACAAGGAGGGGAAGUUCAACCCAAAACUAGGUGAAAACGUUCAGGGAAUGAUAAAUUUAUAUGAAGCCUCACAGUUAAGCAUAGCGGGAGAAGACAUACUUGAAGAAGCUGGAGAAUUUUGUAGCCAGUUGCUAAAGGAGAAAGUGGAUUACAUUGAUAUUCAUGAAGCUCAGUUUGUGAACAGAACAUUAGAACAUCCUUUUCACAAAAGCUUGCCCAUGUUUACCGCUAGAAAUUUCUUCGGUGAUUUUCAUGGCACGAAUCAAUGGUUAAGUUCCUUAAAAGAAGUGGCAAAAUUGGAUUUCACUUUGCUGCAAGGCUUACACCAUCGAGAGAUUGCUCAAAUCUCACAAUGGUGGACAGGACUUGGUUUUGCCAACGAGUUAAAGUAUGCGAGAAAUCAACCACUUAAAUGGUACAUUUGGUCCUUGGCAUGCCUCACUGAUCCUGCAAUGUCAGAGGAAAGGGUUGAGCUCACAAAACCAAUAUCUUUAAUCUACAUAAUAGAUGACAUUUUCGAUGUUUAUGGGACCCUAGACGAAUUAACUAUUUUCACAGAAGCGGUUUCUAGAUGGGAUAUUACAGUUACUGAGAAUCUACCAGAUUACAUGAAGUCAUGUUUCAGGGUCCUCUAUAAUGUCACAAACGAAAUCAGCUCCAAGGUCUAUCAGAAGCACGGGUGGGACCCCUCACACUCACUUCAAAACACGUGGAAGAGUUUGUGCGAAGCGUUCCUAGUUGAAGCAAAAUGGUUUGCUUCUGGGAAAUUGCCGAGUGCUGAAGAAUACUUAAAGAAUGGGAUAGUAAGCUCUGGAGUGCAUAUUGUGCUGGUUCACGCUUUCUUUCUUUUGGGUCAUGGAUUGAACAAGGAAAAUGUUCACAUCUUAGACACAAUCCCAGGCAUCGUUUCUUCCCCUGCAACAAUUCUUCGACUUUGGGAUGACUUGGGAAAUGCAGAGGACGAGAAUCAACGAGGGAAUGAUGGAUCGUACGUGAAAUGUCUCAUGAUGGAUCACCCAGAAUACACGAUGAGAAGAGCAAGAGAGAAAGUAAUGAGUAAGAUCUCUAAUGCAUGGAAGAGCCUCAACCAAGAGUGCCUAUUUAGUAGCCAUUUUCAUACAGCUUUCGCUAAGGCUUCACUCAAUCUUGCAAGGAUGGUACCAUUAAUGUAUAGUUAUGACGACAAGCACUCCCUUCCAGGGCUAGAGGAGCAAGUCAAGUCCUUGCUUUAUGAUAAUGUUCUUUUAUAA